AAGCUGGUACAAGACAAAACACCCGAAAGAUCCUCCUUCCUUUGGCUGAAGAAUUUCUAAAACUUACAGUAGUUGUAGUUAUUAUGAAUUGUUUGCCUUUUUUUUUUUGUACCACUAUCAAUUAUGAGUCAUCCCCAUGUGCAAAUUCCAUAAAAGAUUGAAUGAAUGAAUGAUUGAAAAAGGGUUUGUGUACUUCUCUUACCAUUCAUAACAACAAGUUCAUGUUUUUAGUCUUUGGGUUGACUGGAAUUUGGAAUGUAAGUUUAGUUAGGUUCGGUCUUCUGCUGGUGGUGUAGGAAAGUCUGGUGAGGGUAAUGUUGUAAUAUGACAGAUGGGUGCCUAGCGGUCGUCGACUACAUGUCUCGGAAAUUGUCCAUUUCUUAUUUGCUGGUUGCCUAUAAAGAAUCCUACUCCCGAAGCCAGGGGCUUCAACUUCAACAGAGGCACAAGCUUGGCAUAACUUCUAUAUCAAAUUAUCACCUCAGUAUAAAAGCAUCAUUCAUCACUUGCCUUGGCAAAUGGUAAUCGUUGAGGAUGCUGGGUUUUGCUGCGGUUAGUUUGUGACCUUUUCACCCGCCAUUCUCCGUGCCAGAUAUCUUUUGUCUUUAAAUAUUCGAUAAUCCAUAGCUGCUAGACAUUUAGCUCCUUGCAAGAUGGAUUUGCAAAAUCACACGCAAUUUGUUGAAAUAAGCGUGGAUGCUGCUGAUGAGGAAAGGAGUGUUGGAGGGAGUAAGAUUUGUGGGGAAACGCCUUGCGGAUUUUCGGAUGCUGGCAAUAACUCUAAAGAUGCUGAAGAGCGAUCAGCUUCCAUGCGCAAGCUCUUCAUUGCGGUGGCACUUUGCAUCAUCUUCAUGAGUGUAGAAGUAGUGGGUGGCAUCAAAGCCAAUAGUCUAGCUAUAUUAACUGAUGCAGCACAUUUGCUGUCAGAUGUUGCAGCUUUUGCCAUCUCCUUGUUCUCAUUAUGGGCUGCUGGCUGGGAAGCCACUCCCCGUCAAUCUUAUGGAUUUUUGAGGAUUGAGAUUCUCGGGGCCUUAGUCUCCAUCCAGAUGAUAUGGUUGCUUGCAGGAAUUUUAGUAUAUGAAGCCAUUGUUAGACUCAUUAAUAACACAGGUGAGGUGAAUGGGUUUCUAAUGUUCCUUGUUGCUACUUUCGGACUAGUGGUUAAUGUCAUCAUGGCUCUCUUAUUGGGCCAUGACCAUGGCCAUAGCCAUGGUGAUCACGGUCAUGGUGGUGGUCACAGUCAUGGAGUGAGCAUUACCACACGCCAUCAUCAUGAGGGACACUCCACAGGAGAACACCACCACCAUCAUCAUGAGGAGCACUCCAAAACUGAGCAACACCAUCAAAGUGAUGAUGCAGAACAUACCACAGAUGAGCACCACCAUGCUCAUGAAGAUCAGUCGGAGCCGCUGCUCGAUAAACCAAAACGAAGGAAUAUAAAUGUCCAGGGUGCUUAUCUUCAUGUGCUGGGGGAUUCCAUUCAAAGUAUUGGAGUGAUGAUUGGGGGUGCAAUCAUAUGGUAUAAGCCCAAAUGGAAGAUAGUUGAUCUGAUUUGCACACUAGUAUUUUCAGUUGUUGUUUUGGGGACUACGAUAAAAAUGUUGCGGAGCAUACUUGAAGUGCUGAUGGAGAGUACACCAAGAGAGAUUGAUGCAACAAAGCUGGAAAGGGGGCUGUUGGAGAUGGGCGAUGUGGUGGCCAUUCACGAGCUGCAUAUAUGGGCCAUUACUGUGGGGAAGGUCCUGUUGGCUUGCCAUGUCAAAAUCAGGCCAGAAGCAGAUGCAGACAAGGUUUUAGACAAUGUAAUAGAAUACAUCAGAAGGGAGUAUAAUAUCAGUCAUGUUACGAUACAGGUAGAGCGUUAAUCGAAGUGCAGAAUUUUAGAACUUGCUUGGGGCCUCAGUAUCUUCUCUUUGAAAUCUUUCUAUAUCCAAAGUACUAAACUUGACAUAUAUAGGAGGCAUAAAGCUGAUAUUUAUCUUAAUUAGCACAUGAUUUUCUGCUUAGUGGUCCAUAUCCAAGAUUUAAAUCAGUAGGUAUCCUGUAAAUUUCAUUUGUCGAAUCAUCUCUUUUGGUCAGUUUCAUGUUUAUUACCAUUUCAGUUCAAUAGAUGUAUGCAUUUUUCUUCUUAA